UCCGCAGGAGAUGACCUACAUGUGACUGUGUGUAUUGAUUAAAACUUUAAAGGUUGUUUUAUAGACCUUCCUGCCGUGAGAUAGUUUUCACGCCGUACGUGGAAGAUUGCCUGUAGCUGUCUGGAUGUAGUACCGUUGUCGUCGGACGUAAUUUUGCUUUCCUGGGCCAAAUUCUUGUGGUCCAUAAGAAAUGGGACACUUCAGGCGGGCAAUUAAUGGAGUCGCCAUCUACUAUGUAGGUCUCCAGGGCUACCUGGUCUACCAUCUCAAAACAGCGCCCCCUAACAAUGUGCAACCAAACUGGAGCGAUGGCAGUAAAGGCAUGUUUCACUCAGGGAUGGAGCCCAUGACAGACAAACCCAAGUUGGAAAGUGCCACCCCAGAGUCCAGGGAGCCCAUGGUACAAGCCGUCCUCAGCCUGUACCAGUGCAAGCCUUCGCUGGGGGCGAUGGAGUUCUACGCUGCUGAUGCCACAGUUGAGGACCCUUGCUUCCUCUUCAAGGGGAAGACAGAGAUUGCAGCUGCCUGGUACAACAUGGUGAAGGUCAUCCCCACAUCAGAAACACUGAGCUACAAAGUCGACCAUUCCGAAGACUGGGUUCGCAUCUGGAUGAACCAGAAGUACUGCCUACGCGGUAUCGGACUUGACAUCACGCUACCGUCCGUUGCGUACCUAACGUUGACAAGGACUGAUGAUGGGAAGGAGCUCAUCAUUAAUCACACAGAUGAGUGGUACGGGAAACCCCUCCUGGAGAGGAGCAAUCACUUUGGGUUUGAGCUGAUAGGCACGACGGCUCGGGCUUUCCGCAGGGCACACGGUUGGGUCGCAACACGUUACAGCUGUGCACCCAAUGUUAGAGAACUGUAAUAUGUGUGGAAAUUUGCUGUAUUUUGCUACUGUAUCUACAGAUUGUAGAAUUAUGAAUAUGGAAUAAAUGGAGCUUGAACGAUGAAA